AAACAAAGAAAACGAAGGGGAUUGUUUAUUAUUAUUAAAUUGUUAAGGAAUCUGUGAAUUUUAUGGAUGGCCAUCUUCGUUUGCACAAGCUAGGAGACUUCAUUACUCCGGAGAUUCAGCACAAGGUGGCCAAAGCAGGAGGAAACAUGGAGCAGCUCUCAGGUGUGAUGAUAAUUAUUAUCAUCAGUGGAGGCGUUCUUACCUCCCUGAUGCUUUUCAUUUUCGCCAAGCGGCAGAUAAUGCGAUUCCAGCUGCGAGGACGACGGGGUCCUCAUGUCCCAGUGGGCAACGAUGCCAAGAAGGCGCUUAGACGCGAAAUUGAACGUCGGUUGGACUGCAUACCAAAGAUUACCAAGGAGCCAAAACUUUUGUGGAACGAUGGUGACAAGUAUAUUGUCCAGCCCGAACCAGAGGCGCCUCUGCCGCCGUAUUACUAUCGCAUGAAGGCGGUAGAUGAUGUGAAGCUGCUGGAAUCAGAGAUCGCCCGGGCGGAUGGUAGUUCUCGUCAUGCGCCGGAAAGCUUAAGAGCGUUCCUGCUAACUACAUUGUCGGUAACUUUGAACGGGGCUGGGCAGCGUAUGAUUCACCAGUAUUGCGAUAUGUACGAGCAUGCUAGGCACGAUCCGAAUGAAUUUGGCAAGGACGAAUACGAAGCGUAUCAUCAUUUGCUUUUGAAACUGCUAGAGGCUUCGAAACAGCUUAAAAACUACAACUCGCGUAAGGCAUCGCCAGCUCGGACACCUCGGAAACAGACCAAAAUGCACUCUCUUUUGGACCCGGCUCGACUGCGUCCACCCCCCACCAUGGAAAAUGUUCAGCCCAGCAGCGAACUAACCACUGGACAGCAUGCCAAAGUCAAUUUGACGCUAGGUCUGCAGGGUGGUGGCGGUGGUGUAGGUGCAGGUGGCGAUGGAGACGCUGAAGUGACACCCAAUCCACUUCAUUUGCAAGCGCCUUCGGACAGGGAUCUCAUUAUUCGAAACCGAAUAAAGACCCCCACCCUGGACGACAUCGUUGUGGAGGCUGAUCACCACCAGAGCGGCGAAUCGAGUGCCAUGGAGGAUAAUGAAAUUAAGAGCAUAUCCUCCGCCCAUUUUCAGAGAAACUCUAGCAACGUUUAAAUCAGUUUCCAAAGAUGCUUAGAUUAUUUAUCAUAUAAGAUACUUAUAAAUUAUGACCCAUCAAAUAAAUUGUUUUCCUUACAAAUUUA